UAUUUUCAAAUCACAAUAUUUACACAAGUGUAUAGCAAAAAGUUUUACAAGCCAGCUUAUAGAAUCCUUGGCGGACGAUUGGCUGAAUCUCGCAGAUUUCCAUUUAUGGUUUCAAUACAAUAUCGCUGGCCCGAUUUUGACGAUGAAACUAUUAUAAUGCCAUUUUGUGGAGGUUCUAUAAUUGGAAAUAAAUGGAUUUUGACAGCAGCGCAUUGUACAAAAGAUAUAAACGAUUUAUAUGUGAAAGCUGGUGCAAUAGAUGCCGAGGAAGAUCAUGAAGAGCAUGCUCAAAUUGUUGGUAUAAAAGAAGCACACAAACACCCUUUAUUUACUGAGAAAGGCGGCAUAAAUAAAUUUGAUAUUGCAUUACUUGAACUAAGAAAAAAAUUACAAUUUAAUGAAUUUGUUCAACCAAUACAUUUACCCCCUGAGAAUUACAUGCCAAUUGGUUAUGGUGAUAUUAUUGGUUGGGGUACAACCGAUCCCACAGCACAAUUAUCUUCACAGAAAUUGUUACAAGCUCAUGUUAAAUUGAUGCCAAUUGGAGAAUGCCAGAAAAUCUAUGAAAAAGUAACAAAUAACCACAUAUGUCCUGGUGAAAUAGGAAAAUCUUCAUGUGCUGGUGAUUCUGGCGGACCGUUCAUCCAACGAAUCCGUGGCAGAAAAUGCGUUGUAGGAGUAACAUCCUUUGGAAAACGUCCUUGUGGAAAAGCACCUGAAGCAUAUAUGCGAGUCUCUGCGUUUGUAAAUGAAUUUAUCCUUCCCACAAUACAAAAUAACACAGAUGAUAAUUAAUUAAAAGUUAAUAUAUUAUAUCUGCAAGUCUAAAAA